UUACCAUCACUUCUUUACAGCCCUAGCGUUUUUUUAAUCACUGUUUUGAAAUGCUAUAGAGCUAUGCUUACAGUUAGCCGGAGUGUAACUCCGAGCAUGUCUCUUGUAAGCCAGAAAUGUCAUUCUUGACCUGUCAAACAAUAAUUUAAAAGAAAACGAAAACAGAAGUUCGGAUAACUGAAGGGUGGAGUUCGAAGAAUCAGAAAGUCAGUAACAGCAUCAUCACCAUGGGGUUUCUUCUCUCCAAGUCCAUGGAUGCAAAUUUAAAAAAGCAGCAAGAGUUCAUGCUACACAACUCAAGGUUACAGCUGGAGCGUCAGAUGAUGAUGCAGAACCAGAUGAGGGAGCGACAGAUGGCAAUGCAGAUUGCUUGGUCCAGAGAGUUCAUCAAGUAUUUUGGGACAUUCUUCGCUGUGGCAUCUACCGGCCUCACCGUGGGUGCCCUAAAAAGAAAGAAACCAGCCUUGUUGGCCCCCAUCUUACCACUCAGCUUUAUAUUGGCAUAUCAAAUGGACAACGCUUAUGGGACACUUAUUCAUCGGAUUAGAGGGGAGGCCGAGUGUAUCAUGGUGUCUGAAAAUGACCGUCUGGACUUGCCUCACGGGACCCCAACCUUCGAUAGCAUAGAGAAGGCCCGCCGUGCUAAAAGCACCCUCUCCUCCUUCCUGGAAAAAUAAUGACAAUUUCCUCCACAAAGACAAUUCAGUGCUAUCACGCUUAUCAUUCUGAUAUUUGCUCCUGGUGGUGGGGAAAGCGUAUCAUUGAAUAAUUACAGUCAAUGGCCAAAUUCAGAUGCUCAUGAAAGAAAAUGAGCUUUGCAGCACGUAACGAGUGCCUUGAGCAAGUGUCAUGUCAAGAACUUACUCAACUUUAAACCUGCUUGGUGCUCUUCAAAAUGAAUUGACUGCCAUGGACGGUGAUCAUUUACGGCCAGCCUUUCUCAUGCUGUAAACAUGCGAGCUCUCUGUCAGGCCGUCUAUUACAGUCAAUUACAUUGAAUGACUUUACUGUACCAGAAACCAUUACCAUCAUGAAAUAUUGAAAAUGUUAGUGUCAAUAAACCAAAUUGUUCUGACGUGCAA